CACCCAGGACUGACAGGAAGUCCAGUCCUCUCAGACAUUUCUCUGAUUCGACUGUCGCCGCACGCUGCCGCCGGGUCGGCGGAGUCCCCGUUCAGCCCGCCUCAUCCCUACAUCAGCCCCCACAUGGACCAGUACCUUCGCUCGGUCCACGGCAGCCCCACCCUGUCCAUGAUCUCAGCGGCGCGAGGUCUGAGCCCAGCUGAAGUGACCCACGAGCAUCUGAAGGACCGAGCCCUGUUCAGUUUCCCUCCGCCGGGCUCCAACUCCUCAGAGUACUACCACCUGAUGGCCGGCGCCAGCCACAGGAACCCCUACGGCGAGCUGCUGAUGCAGAACGGAGCUGCCGCUGCCGCCGCUGCAGCUGCCGCUGCCGCUGCUCACCUGCCGGACUACAUCAGCCCUGUGGAUGUUUCCCGGUUCUCCAGCCCCCGGCUGACGCCGCGGCUCAACAGGAAGCGGGCGCUGUCCGUCUCGCCGCUGUCGGACGCCAGCAUCGACCUGCAGACCAUGAUCCGCACCUCGCCCAACUCCCUGGUGGCCUACAUCAACAACUCCCGCUCCAGCUCGGCAGCCAGCAGCUCCUACGGACACCUGUCCGUGGGGGGACUCAGCCCCACCUUCAGCUUCCCCCACCCCAUCAACCCGGCGGCCUACCAGCAGCUGCUGGCCCAGCAGCGGCCGCUCAACGCCUUCGGCCACACGCCGCCUCUGCUGCAGCCGCCGCCGUCCCCGUUCUCCGCUCGCCAGCACGCCGCCACGGCGCCGUCGUCACACAACAGCUCCGAGCUGAGCCAGAAUGCCAGCGGAGAUCCGGCCGUCACCAGUACCGUCAAUCCCUUAAACACCAAGAGAACCAAGGUGAAAACUGAAGCAGAGGGUCCGGUUCCCAUUUCACCGUCUUCUCAGGAGCACGGAGGGGGGGCCCUGGACCUGAGUGAAGACCUGGAUAAGGAUGAGUGCAAGCAGGAGCCCGAGGCUGUUUACGAGACCAACUGUCACUGGGAGGGCUGCAGCCAGGAGUACGACACCCAGGACCAGCUCGUCCAUCACAUCAACAAUGACCACAUCCACGGAGAGAAGAAGGAGUUUGUGUGUCGCUGGGAGGAGUGUUCCCGGGAGCAGAAGCCCUUCAAGGCCCAGUACAUGCUGGUGGUCCACAUGAGGCGCCACACGGGAGAGAAGCCCCACAAAUGCACAUUCGAGGGAUGCUUCAAAGCUUACUCUCGCCUGGAGAACCUGAAGACCCACCUGAGGUCGCACACCGGGGAGAAACCCUACGUCUGUGAGCACGAAGGCUGCAACAAGGCCUUCUCCAACGCCUCGGACCGGGCCAAGCACCAGAACCGCACCCACUCCAAUGAGAAACCCUACGUCUGUAAGAUCCCCGGCUGUACGAAGCGCUACACCGACCCAAGCUCUCUCAGGAAGCACGUCAAGACGGUUCACGGGCCUGAAGCCCACGUCACUAAGAAGCAACGAAGCGACGCACCGCCUAGACUGCCCCCUAGAGGAAACGGAGAGAACGAGGCGAACGCCAAGCACGGCGCAGCGGGCGGCGACGGGAAGACGGAGCCUAGAGGCACGGCCGCAGGAGGAGACGACCGUCUGCAAGUCAGACCCAUCAAGACGGAGAACUCUGUGACAUAUCAGUCCAGUCCUGGUGGCCAGUCGUCAUGCAGCAGCGAGCCGUCGCCUCUCAGCAGCGCCAACAACAACGACAGUGGGGUAGAGAUGGCCCUGCACAGCGGGGGCAGCUACGGGGACCUCAGCGCACAGGAUGAGUGUCCCAUGGUUGACUCUACUGUGACCUCUGGGGGGCAGCAGGUGGGGGUGGGGCUUCAGUUGAGGAAGUCGGUGGCGCACGGAGGAGCGGUCACCAUCAAGCUGGAGAACAUCAAGCAGGAACGGAUGAAGACAGUGAGGGACUCCUGCACCUGGAUCAACAGCAGAGCACAGCCGCCGCAGGGCCAACACAUGAAGCUGCCUCCCAUUCCUGCAGCCGGGUCCCUGAUGGAGAACUCCAACAUGCCGAGUAAUGUCCACGCUCUGUACCCAGGCCAGCCCUCAGGGGAGCUGUAUUCAUGCGAAGUAAAGCUGCUGAACCAGCUGAACGAGCGGCGCGACAGCACCACCAGCACCAUCAGCUCGGCCUACACCUUCAGCCGCCGAUCCUCCGGUAUUUCACCCUGCUACUCCAGCCGUCGCUCCAGCGAGGCCUCCCAGUUUGGCGCUAACCGCCACAACAACAUCAGUUCAGCUGACUCGUAUGAUCCGAUCUCCACCGAUCUGUCUCGGCGCUCCAGCGAGGCCAGUCACUGUGGAGGUGGUGUCACCGGAGGAGGUGGAGGAGGCCUCCCUAGUCUUCUCAGCCUAACACCAGCCCAGCAUUAUCGGCUUAAAGCCACGUACGCCGCUGCCACCGGCGGAGCUCCACCCACUCCUCUCCCCAACAUGGAUCGGAUGAGCCUGAGGACGAGGAUGGCUCUGUACGGCGACCCCCAGGAAGCCUCUGUGGCCUCCUUCCUUCAGCCGCCCGCUGGAGCUGUGCCGAGGCGGUGCAGUGAUACUGGAUAUGGCUCACACAGCAUCAUGCCCCAUGAAGUGCCCACCAACCUUCCACGUCGGGCCAGCGACCCGGUCCGCCGUCCUCCUCUAGACCCGCUUUGUCCUCCCAGGGUCCAGCGCUACAACAGCAUGAACAGCAUGAAUCCCCUGAACGGCCCAUCAGCUGCUGAGCGCCAUCAGACGCUGGCUGCGCAGGGUUACACUCGCUCUGACGGGAGUCUGCAGCGCUACCCGUUCGCCCCGAGACCACCCAGCAUUUCUGAGAACGUGGCCAUGGAGAACAUGGCAGUGGAUGGGGAGCAGACUGUAGAGGAUGAAAUUGUGCUUCCAGAUGAUGUGGUCCAGUACCUCAGGUCGCAGGGUUCUGGUCCGACGGGUCAGAGUCAGGGCUACCAAACAAGCAUGGCUGCCCCACUGAACCUCCAUGGGCAGAGGAGGAUGGCCAUGGUGGACGCCACCCUGCUACAGUCUGGGCCUGAUAUGCAGCCUUACCAGAGGGGUCCUAGUGGCUGCCAGCAGCCUUUCCUGGCACCACCAGACAACAAGAGCAACAUGCCUGUGCAAUGGAACGAGGUGAGCUCAGGGACGAUGGACGCUGCAUCAAAGCUCCCCAAACCACAGCAGCAUGCCACUAGGGGGAACCUCGCUGUUCUGCAGAGGCACAACUCUGGGACACACCAGGGCCUAAGUGGCAACCAGCAGGUUGUACCCAUGAGUCAGAACAUAUCUAUGCAGGGAUAUGUCAGCCACAGCCACCAGAGGCCAAUGAAUACCUCCCUACAGCAGCAGCAUCUACAGAGACAAUGCAGCAGCAUGAACUUUAAUGAGCAAGGCUUCAGCCAAGAGGGAAGUCUUCAUUCUUCGUCUGGAAACUCUAGCAGGCAACCUGCCCUCAGCACUCUGGCAGGUGCAGAACUGCAAAGCUGCAGGACAGGAGCCCUGGGGGACGGGUACUGUCACGCGGACCCGGCGGACCAGCAGCAGGUACCCAGCAUUGCUUUCAAGCAUCAGCAGCAAAAUAGAGGCAGAGGUACGUUACAGCCCAGACCGCCCAAUGAGCCGCGGCCGUUUAGCCGACAACAUCCGGGCUCAGGAACGGCACAGCCCAGCCGGACCCCCAGAGUGGCCGAGCUGUGCCCCAGUAAGGUCACCGUCAGCUCUGAGGCCAGCCCAAAGAGGCGGAGCAAGGAGCUGGACCACAGCAGCGCAGCCAACCACAGCUCUGCUUUGUUCUACACCGCACAGAUUCACAUGUUUCAGCCAUCUUCCAUUGAUGACACAAUGUCACCGAGUGCCAAUGAGGCCGCCUCCUGCAACCCCUCUGCAGCCAGCCUGGCUUCUCCAGGGGUCAACCAGGUCUCCAGCAGCACCGCCGACUCCUCCAGCGGCGGGCCGGGGGCCACGGAGCACGCUCAGAUUGACUUUGACACCAUGCUGGAUGACGGAGAUCACUCCAGCCUGAUGUCUGGGACGCUGAGUCCCGGCCUCCUGCAGAGCCUCUCCCAGAGCUCCUCCCGGCUCACCACACCGCGCAACUCCGUCAGCCUGACGUCGGUGCCGGCGGGGAUCGGGAACAUGGCCAUCGGAGACAUGAGCUCCAUGCUCACAGCUUUGGCUGAAGAGAGCAAGUUCCUCAACAUGAUGAGCUGAGAGCAACCAGGGGUUUGGUGAGAGCAGGAAGUUCAGACGCCUUCAGGAACCUGCAGACGACACCAACACGGCACUGAUGGGUUCCUCUUUUCAUUGUCUGCAGGAAGAUGAGGAUCUUCUAUGCUAAUAGAUGAUGGUUCAGAGUGGGUACUGUUUUUAAAAAGCCAUAUUUUAGCAGCAGGUUUGGGAUCUAAAGGCUGUUCAGGACCGCUGGAGGAACAGACUUCUGCCUGCAGAUCACAGCUGAGGACAGUUUCCAGGAGAAAUGUAGAUAGAAGACGAUGAUUCCUGGAGUCUCGGCUCCCUUUGAUCUGACUGUCAUUGUUUGAUGCUUUAUUCUGUGCGUUUAAACUGGGCUGUCCAGGCUUCCAGACACUGGUUCUUAUGUCUGUAAUGUUCUCCGUUAGCUUUCUGAGGGCAUUACAGGAGCUAAAAGCUAAGUGCGUUCCUCAGCAGGACAAAGACCGUCUCCAGGUCCUUUUCAGACGUGUGAAUGGACAGAUGGAUGUCUGAUGGGUCACGUGAUCUAAGGUGGAAGGUGAACUGUGACCUGAGUCCAGAGGACGACUGCUGUCCUCACCUGUGCCUCAGGACGACGACCACAGCAGCUUCCUCUGCUGCAGUCAGAGCAGACGCACCGCUUGUUGGUGCAGCAGCUUGGAGCGCAUUCAUAGCCACUUCCUGUGGCUGGACGGAGGGACGGACAGGUGGACAGGUGGACAGCCUGUUUGAACCUGCAUGGAAAGCCUGAUGGUUGUGGAUCUGGACAGAACUCUGAUUGUCGUCUUUAUAUUUAUGGAUUUGAGGCUGUGGGGGUUAGGAGCUGAUGACUGGACCCUGCAUGGACCUCCCAGAGGUUCUGAGAGUUCCUCUGCAGAUUCCUUGGUUUUAACUUCUAGUAAGAAUUUGACAGUUUUGCAUAUGUUAGCGUCUGCUCUCGCUUGGUUCAGUGUGUUUGGGGUUGUGUGUAAAAAGCUUUUGUAAAUUUUGAAUAAACUAUCUUCUUUUUUCUGUGAA